AUGUCUAUGAACGAGGUGGAGGUCUUCGUCCCUGGUGGCCUGGGUGGAAGUGCGGGCAAAAGCGCGCAAUCGCAGCAGUCGCUCGUCUUGGAGUGCUCGGCCACAAGCGCCGAUUCAAUCAAGGCUGGUGAGCAAUCCAUAGCCAGUAGGAAAGUUGGAACCUUGACCCCGGGGACUCCCUUCCGUGUGGGCGGGAAAGACAUCAGGCCCACCACGGCUUAG